ACGGCGCGGGCGGCCUCUCUAGCUCCGCAGCGUCUCGGUGGCGGGCGUGCUCCCUGCGAGCGGAGCGAGGGUGGGCCCUCUAGCCCCUGCCUCUCGGUGGCCCACGCCGGCCCCGCCCGCGCGCUCGACCGCUCGCUCGCUCGCUCGCUCGCUCGCUCGGUCGCGGCUGGCUCCUUCUCCCGAGCCCGGAGGAAAUGGCUGCGAGACCCUAGAGGCCUGGGAGUGGAGGAGCUCUGCGGGCGCAGGCCCACGGCCCCCUGCGGCGACGGCGGCGAGCUGCGACCGUGGGGCUGCGCGUCUGCAGUCUGCUGUCGGCUCGGGUCCGGCGCCUGCCUCGGCCAGGCUCGUGUUGUGCCGAGGACUUCCGGAAAGUUCCAGGCUCUUGGUGCCUGGCAGGUCUCCGCUCGGCACCAGCCCCCCUGGGAUGGAACGUGGCUCGGCGCCCGAGGCCCCACUGGCGACUCCACACGACUGAAGCCUGACGGCCCGGACGGGAGCUCUCGAGGUAUGGAUGAGAAAGGUGACCCGAGCAAUGAGGAAGCCCCCAAGGUCAUCAAACCCACCAGCAAAGAGUUUAGGAAAACGUGGGGGUUUCGGAGGACCACCAUCGCCAAGCGAGAGGGCGCUGGGGACGCGGAGGCGGACUCCGUGGACCCGCAGCCCCAGCAGCCCCAGCAGCAGCAGCAGCAGAGCCUGUCCUUGCGGCGCAGCGGGCGCCAGCCGAAGCGCACGGAGAGGGUGGAGGAGUUCCUGACGACGGUCCGCCGCAGGGGCAGGCGGGCUCUGCCCGCGUCGCCCGAGGACCCCGGCGAGCCCGCCUCCGGCCCAGCCACAGACGCAGAGACCGCCUCGGAGGGGAGCGUGGAGAGCACCUCCGACGGCAGGGGUGGGCCCGGGGCCAGCCCCGCGGGCAGCAAGGAGCGCCUGGCCACGAAGGCCGAGGGAGGAGAUAGCGAGGACGACACUUCGGACAGCGACAGCGAUGGGCUGACCCUGAAGGAACUUCAGAACCGCCUGCGGAGGAAGCGAGAGCAAGAGCCAGCCGACCGGCCCCCGAGAGGCGCCCCGGGUCGCCUGAGGAAGAAGCGUCGGGAGGGGGACCCGGCGGGGGGGGCCGGCAUGGAGGCGGCCAACGCGGGGGACAGCUCCCCGCCGUGCCUGCAGGAGCCCGCGGCCGGCCAGGCGGCCAGCGACGGCCGAGAGAGGGUGCCGGAGGGGCGUGCGGCCCCAGGGGAGGGCCCCAGAGGCUCGGGCCGGCACAAGCCCGAGGGCGAGGCGUACGACCCCAGCGCAUUGUACUGCAUGUGCCGGCAGCCCCACAACAACAGGUUCAUGAUCUGCUGCGACCGCUGCGAGGAGUGGUUCCAUGGCGACUGUGUGGGCAUCUCCGAGGCCCGCGGGCGGCUGCUGGAGCGGAACGGGGAGGACUACAUCUGCCCCAACUGCACCAUCCUGCAGGGGCAGGACGAGCCGCGCGCCGAGGCCGGCCCGCAGGGGGCCGGGCUGCUGCCGGCCGACCCCGACGGCGCGGACUGCACGAGCAUGGGCACCAUCGAGCAGAAGUCCAGCGAGGACCAGGGCAUCAAGGGGCGGAUUGAGAAGGCCGCCAACCCGAGCGGCAAGAAGAAGCUCAAGAUCUUCCAGCCGGCUGCAGAGGGUCCCGUCGCUGCCAGGUGCAUCGGGCCGGGGUGCUCGCGCGCGGCGCAGCCGGACUCGGUCUACUGCAGCAGCGACUGCAUCCUGAAGCACGCCGCGGCCACCAUGAAGUUCCUGAGUGCGGGGAAGGAGGCCAGAGCGAAGCCCAGAGAGAAGGCCAAGGCCAAGCCCGAGAGGCUCAUCCUCCCCAAGUGCAGCGUGCAGGCGGGCGUCAGAGUCUCCCUGCACAAGAGGCCAGCUCCAGACAAGAAGGACGACGCCGUGAGGAAGGCGGCGGCGGGGGCCCCUGCGAGGAGCGAGGCGCCAGUGAAGGAGGCGCCUUGCGAGAGCAGCACGCCGUCCUGGGCCAGCGACCACAAUUACAAUGCAGUGAAGCCGGAGCAGACCGCUGCCCCGCGGCCGUCACUGUUGUGUAAAUCUUCGAAGGAGGACCGGCCCGUGGAGGGGAGCGCAGCGGCCGCGGGGCCGAAGAGAGGGGCGGCCCCGAGCCCCGCCGCAGCCGGCAGACAGCCCUCGCCCCGGAGACUCCUGCCGAAGAAGUCGCCUCCUUUCGCCAACGCAGUCAAGCCGGCCGUCCGGAAGCUGCCCUCGGGCUUCACGGGCACCAUCCCCAAGCGGCCGUGGCCCUCGGCGGCCGCCCCCCCGGGCAGCGCUCCCCCCGCCAAGCAGGCGGGGCUGGGGCCCAGCGCUGCCACGGCUGCUUCCAAAAAGCUGCCGGGCUCCACCGCCCCGGGGGGGGCCACCAGGAAGCCCAUGGCGGCCUCUGUCCCCUUGGCCUCCCCAGCUCCGGGCCGCCUGGGGACCUCCGGCGCCGCCCCGUCGCAGCCGAACUCCCAGAUCCGGCAGAACAUCAGGCGCUCCCUGAAGGAGAUCCUGUGGAAGAGGGCCAGCGACAGCGACGACCUGACGAUGACAGAGAAUGAGGUGGGCAGGGUCGCCCUCCACAUCGAGAAGGAGAUGUUCAACCUGUUCCGCGUCACCGACAACCGCUACAAGAGCAAGUACCGCAGCAUCAUGUUCAACCUCAAGGACCCCAAGAACCAGGGCCUCUUCCACCGCGUUCUGCGCGAGGAGAUCCCUCUGGCCAGGCUCGUGAGGAUGAAGCCGGAAGAGCUCGUGUCUAAGGAGCUCUCCGUGUGGAAGGAGCGGCCCGCGAAGCCCGUGGCGGAGCCCAGGGCGAAGUCGCACCCGGAGAGCAAGAAGGCGAGCACCCGGCCGGAGGCCGUCCCGGACAUGGAAGACUCGCCGCCCGUGUCGGAUUCGGAAGAGCAGGAAUCGGUGCGCGCAGCCCCCGAGAAGAGCGCCGCGCCGCCCCCGGACGUGGUCAGCAGCAUGCUGAAGGACACGACGGGCCAGCACCGCGCCCACCUCUUCGACCUGAACUGCAGGGUGUGCACAGGCCAGGUUUCGUCAGAAGGGGAGCCGGCUCCGAAGAGACAGAAGCUGUCAGCGCCGGCCAAGAAAGAAGAGCCCAAACCCAAGUACGACGGCGCGGCGCCCGAGCCGGCUCUCGGCCCGGCGAACGACAUGGCGCCGGAAACGCUGCCCCAGAGCGCGUCCCCGGCCCACUCGGAGCGGGGCCUCCCCGGCGCUCCAGGAGAUGGCCACCCCGAGCCCUCCGCCCGGGAAGGGCCCUCCUGCCCAGCCCCCAGCGGGGUCGCCAUGGUCACGACCGUCACCGUGUCUGGCCGCGACCCCAGGACCGCACAGAGCACGGCGAGCACAGCCCCGGCCCCGGACAGCACCCAGCUGGCUGAGGCCCCGCAGGACGUCCUGAAGCCCCCCGUGCUGGUGCCCAAGUCCAUCCUGGCCAAGCCGUCCCCCUCCCCGGAGCCCCGAUACCUGCUGUCCGUUCCCCCGUCCCCCAGCAUCAGCGCCGCCGAGACCCGGUCGCCCCCGGACGGGGACGCGCCCCUCUUCCUGUCCCGGCUCAGCACCAUCUGGAAGGGCUUCAUCAACAUGCAGAGCGUGGCCAAGUUCGUCACGAAGGCGUACCCCGUCUCGGGGUGCUUCGACCACCUCAGCGAGGACCUGCCCGACACGAUCCACAUCGGCGGGCGGAUCGCGCCCAGGACCGUGUGGGACUACGUGGGCAAGCUCAAGUCCUCCGUGUCCAAGGAGCUGUGUCUGAUCCGCUUCCACCCGGCCACAGAGGAGGAGGAGGUGGCCUACGUCUCCCUGUACUCCUACUUCAGCAGCCGCGGCCGCUUCGGCGUGGUCGCCAACAACAGCCGGCACAUCAAAGACCUCUACCUGAUCCCCCUGAGCGCCGAGGACCCCGUGCCGUCCAAGCUCCUGCCGUUCGAGGGGCCAGGCCUCGAGUCCCCCCGCCCCAACGUCAUCCUCGGGCUGGUGAUCUGUCAGAAGACGAAGCGGCCCUCGACGGCCGGCGAGGCCGACAGGGCGGAGGAGAAGCGGGCCCGGGCGCAGGCCCCGGAGGAAACGGACGCUGCGGGCCACCCCAAGGGGCCUCCAGCCCUGCCGUCAGAGAAGAAGCCCCCCAAGUAUCAGCUCAGCUCCGGGGACACCGCUGUCAGCGGCACCCCCCCGGGGUCCCCUCCACCGCCACCGCCGCCCCCUCUGCCGGAACCGCCAGCCUCAUCUUCGUCUUCGUCUGUAUCGAAGACCCUGUCGUCCCUCAAGCCAGGGCCCGCCGGCACCGUCACGGCACCGGCCGCCCCGGCAGCGGUCACAGCGGCCACUGCCGCCGCCAAGACGGCCUCACCGCUGGAGCACAUCCUGCAGACGCUGUUCGGGAGGAAGAAGGCGUUCGACCCCACGGCCGUGGAGCCCGCGGAGCCGGCGCCCGCCGCCCGUCCCGACGCCAGGGCGGAGAGCGGGCUGCCGGCCGUGCCGCUGCUGGACCCCAUCGUGCAGCAGUUCGGCCAGCUGCCCCGGGAGCGGGCGCUGGAGGAGGAGGAGGACGACAGGCCCUACGACCCCGAGGAGGAGUACGGCCCCGAGCGGGCCCUGGACGCCACACCCGGGGGCCGCGGGAAGCGGCAGGCUGCCGAGAAGGCCCCCGAGACGGCCGAGCGGGAGGAGGUGGCCUACGACCCCGAGGACGAGACGAUCCUGGAGGAAGCCAAGGUGGCCGUGGAGGACCUGCCCAACCGGAUGUGCGCGGACGCCCGGGCCGGCGCCGCGCCCGCGCCCUCGCUGGUGGAGCAGCAGCAGAUGAUCGAGGAGCUCAACCGGCAGAUCGAGGAGCAGAAGCGGCAGGUGCGGGAGCAGGAGGAGGCGCUCCGGCAGCAGCGGGCGGCCGUCGGGGCCUCCAUGGCCCACUUCUCCGUGUCGGACGCGCUGAUGUCGCCGCCGCCGAAGGCCCCGCUGCCCAAGGCCGAGCCCUUCCCCCCGGAGCCGCAGGCCGCCGGCAGGGCGGCGGGGCCGCCCGGCAGCCAGGGGCCAGGGCCGGGCUCCGACCCGCGACAGAAUCGGGACCCCCGGCAGGCCCGGCGGCUGGCUGCUGAGAGCAGCGAGAGCGAGAGCCCCAAGGCUCCCGCCAGCAGCACGCCCAGUCCCCUGCCCUCCAGGGACGCGCCCGGCGGGGCCGUCGUCACUCAGGGCCCCGCCGUCGCUCAGGGGCCCGCGCCUGCCCUGGAGGAAAAGGAGCCGAGCCCUCCAGCCUGGGCUCCAGGGGACGAGGCCUCCGGGCCCGCCAAGCAGGAGGGCACCUCGGGGGAGCCCUCGGAGAGCCGGGGCCCGCCGCCCGCCAACGGCGGCCCCCCCGUGGCAGGUGGCCCCGGCCCGGCCCGGCCUGCCCGGAAGGUGCUGCUGCCCACGCCACCCAGCACCGCCUUCCCGCCCGGCCUGCCCGGGCAGAGCGGGGGGCAGGGCUUCGGCCCCCCCGCGGGGCGGGACCCGUUCCUGGGCCCGGGCCCAGGGUCUCAGGACAGAGCCUUCGGCCCGUCCGCCUACGAGGCCCCGAGAAACGCCCCGUUCUCGGAGAAGAGCGGCCGCCCCACCACGGAGACCGAAGGGGACAGAGACCACCAGGGCAGGCCCGGCGAGGGGGCUGCCCCCUGCCCCCCGCCGGGGCCGCCGUUCCAGGGCCCGCGUGAGCCAGCACCCCGCGCUUUCGGGGCGUCGGGACCUCACGGCCCAGGCUUCCCGGGGCCCCGGGGGCCAGCGCCCCCCUUCUCGGAAGAGAACGUCAUUUCCAACAGUGAUGGUGGUCCACGGGGGCCCCCGCCAGCCAGGUUCGGGGCCCAGAAGGGGCCCAUCCCCUCCCUGUUUUCAGGGCCGCACGGGCCGCCUCCCUAUGGGGACGGCAGGGGCCCCGCCCCCUCCCACCCGGGAGGGCCCAGGGGCGCAGCCCCGCCCCCCUUUGAAGACCGCAAGGACCCGCACGGGGGUUCGAGAGAGCCCCCGGAGGCCCCGUACGGGGACGCGGCUGGGCCUGCUGGCCCGUUUGAGGGGCCGGAGCCAGGCCCCCCGGUGGGCGGCAGGGGCCCGGGCCCGUUCCCGUUUGGAGGCCCACGGAGGCCUCUGCUGGCCCAGUUCAAAGGUCCCCGGGGAGGCCCUCCUCCCUCCCAGUUUGGGGGUCAGAGGGGACCACCCCCCGGCCAUUUUGUGGGCCCGCGGGGGCCGCACCCCGGUCAGUUUGAUGGGCCCAGGGGACAAGCAGGAAACUUCAUGCCGGGGCCCAGGGGGGUUCCGCCCCAGCAGUUCGAUGAGCAGAGGGUGAACUCGCCGCCCAGGUUCGCCGGCCAGAGGGGCCCAGCGCCCCUGCAGUUCGGGGGCCCUCGGGGAUCCGCACCUUUUCCCGACAAGAGCGAGCCGGCCCCUCCCCGGUUCCACUUCCAGGGCCCCGCCCCGCAGGGCGUGAAGCCGGCGCCCAGGCCCCUGCUGGAGCUGCCCAGCCACCCGCCCCAGCACCGCAAGGACCGCUGGGACGAGGCCGGCCCGGCACCCGGCCUGCCCUCCGGGCCGCCGGGCUCGGGCGCCGAGGCCGAGGCGCCGUGGGCCCCGGCCGACUUCCGGGAGGGCAGGGCGCCCGAGCACCGGGGCCCGGCCGGCCCCAGGGAGGAGGCGCCCGAGGGGCCCGAGGCCCCGGCCGAGAGCCGGCAGGGCCGCGCCUUCGAGGACCGGCGGCGGGAGCGUGAGCGCGGCCGGGCCUGGAGCCGCGAGCGGGACUGGGACCGCGGCCGCGAGUGGGACCGGCACCGCGACAAGGAGCCCUGCCGGGGCCGCCCCCGGGACCGCGAGCGGGACUGGGACCGCAGCCGCGAGCGCAGCCGGAACCGCGACCGGGACCGCGACCGCCGGCGGGACCGCGAGAGGUCCCGCAGCAGAGACCGGGACCGGGCCCGCGAGCGGGAGCGCGGCCGCGACCACCGGGCCCGCAGCCGGAGCAGGGAGAGCACCCGCGACCCCAAGGCCGAGGCGGCCGCCCCCGCCCCCCACCCCUAGGCCGCUCCCCGGGCCCGCCCUCCGGAAGCCAAGUCCAUAGAUUGUGUCGGACAAGUCGGUUUUGGAAUCGCUAUGAACUUAGGUGAAUAGAACAUUCUGGACUUCAGAAAUUACUGUAAUUUUGUGUAUAAUGGUUUCUUACAAAUUUUCCGUCUUUACAAUUCCGAUGCUUUUUUAAAAAAAACUAAAGGACUCGUAAUAUUUCCAUUUAGAAUUACCGAAAUGGGAAAGUGUCUACAAAAGCAUAUUGCUUUUUCAGAUUAUACAGCUAUCUUCUCCAGUAACUUGACCCGGGCGAGUUUUAGGGCAUUCCUGCGGACCUCAGGGCCACGCCCGCCCGCCGGGCGGUCCCCCAGGGCUGUGGGCUCUGUGCGCCGUGCCCGGCGGCGGCCCUGGGCCCGGCCAGGCCCCGGGACGUCGAGAAGCAACACUCACUAAUACAUUUCCCUGUUUUCUAAAGAAAUUUGAAUUACAAAUUUCAACCAGGAAACAACACGUUUCUUAGUUUUGCUCAGUUUUUAUAUAUCAGCUUAUAUUUUUCCCCCUGAAAUUAAAAG